AUGGGAAACUUAAUGAUAUCAACUUUAAAAAAGGACACCAAAAAUAUAACUCUGGAAGAGCUAGCCGAGAUAAUAAAAAACUGCAAAUACAUAGUCGCAUUAACGGGGUCAGGUACGUCUGCCGAAAGUAAUAUACCAAGUUUUCGUGGAUCGAACAAUUCCAUAUGGAGUAAAUAUGACCCUAAAAUAUAUGGAACAAUUUGGGGAUUUUGGAAAUAUCCUGAAAAAAUAUGGGAAGUAAUAAGAGAUAUAUCAUCAGAUUAUGAAAUAGAAAUAAAUCAAGGGCAUAUAGCUUUAUCAAAAUUAGAAAAUCUAGGAUAUUUAAAAUCAGUGAUUACACAAAAUAUUGAUGGUUUACAUGAAGAAAGUGGGAACACAAAAGUAAUUCCCUUGCAUGGUAAUGUUUUUGAAGCUUUGUGCUGUACAUGUAAUAAAACGGUAAAAUUAAAUAAAAUCAUGUUACAGAAAACAUCUCAUUUUAUGCAUCAGUUACCACCUGAAUGUCCAUGUGGUGGAAUAUUUAAACCAAACAUCGUUUUAUUUGGGGAAGUUAUAUCAAACAGUCUUUUAAAAAAAGCUGAACAAGAAAUAAUGCAAUGUGAUUUACUUUUAGUUAUUGGGACCUCUUCCACAGUGUCCACAGCUACCAAUUUAUGCUAUUUCGCUAGCAAAAAAAAAAAAAAAAUUGUUGAAAUUAAUAUAUCAAAAACGUAUAUUACAAAUAAAAUGACAGAUUAUCAUGUGUGUGCAAAGUUCAGUGAGCUGAUAAAAGUGUCCAAUAUAUUGAAUAGUGGGAAAUAA